AUGCGCCCGGCAGCCGGCAGCGUACCCCCGGACGAGGAGCCCCUGAUCGAGGAGCCCUUGGCGAGCAGAUACAGCCGGCAAAAGCCAAGCGACCGCUUAUAUGGGGCCUACAUCAUUUUUUUCCUCCUGGGCAUCGGGUCCCUGCUGCCCUGGAAUUUUUUCAUCACGGCAAAGCACUACUGGAUGUACAAGCUGCAAAACUGCUCGGAUCACGCGGGCCCGGUGGGGCAGGCGGCAUCGGAUCUGCGGGACUUCUUUGAGAGUUACAUUUCCAUUGCUUCGACUGUGCCCUCAGUGCUGUGCCUGAUCGGAAACUUCAUGCUCAUCAACAAGGUGCCUGCCAGCACCCGGAUCCUGUCCUCCCUCUUCAUCAUGCUGGCUGUCUUCCUGGUGAUCACGGUGCUGGUGAAGGUUGACACCUCCACCUGGACCACCCAAUUCUUUGCCCUCACCAUCGGCUGCGUGGUCAUAGUCAGCAGCGCCUCGACCAUCUUCACCAGCAGCAUCUUCGGUCUGAGCAGCCGCUUCCCCAUGAAGAACCUGCAGGCACUGAUCUCAGGUCAGGCCAUGGGCGGCACGAUCAGCGCCGUCGCCUCUGUGAUAGACCUGGCGGCAGCGGCCGAGGUUACGGACAGCGCCCUGGCCUACUUCCUCACCGCCGACAUCUUCAUUGUCAUCUGCAUCAUGGUGUACCUCCUCCUUCCCAGGCUGGAGUACUCCAGGUAUUACAUGAGCAGCCAGAAGGAGAGCCCGUCUCUGGCCGGUGUGCCACCUGACAGCUUCAUGGAGGAUGAGGCAGAGCCAGGAGGCACCACAAAUACCUCCUUCCUCGCAAAAAGCACUGGCGUCCCCCCACUCCGCCCCAUCCUGCAGAAGACCGCCCUCCUCGGUUUCUGCCUCUUUUACGUCUUCUUCAUCUCCAUCAUCAUCUUCCCUUCUCUCUCCUCCAACAUUGAGUCAGUCAGCAAGUCCUCGGGAAGCUUGUGGAGCACCAAGUACUUUGUGCCGCUCACCAGUUUCCUCCUGUACAACUUCGCCGACUGGUGCGGGAGGCAGAUCACCGCCUGGAUCCAGGUGCCCGGCCCCAAAAGCAAGCUGCUACCUGCCCUCGUCCUCCUCAGGACCAUCUUCCUCCCUCUCUUCAUCCUCAGCAACUACCAACCCCGGGCUCACAUCCAGACGGUGGUCUUCAACACAGACAUCUACCCGGUGGUCUUCACGACGCUGCUGGGGCUGAGCAAUGGCUACCUGGGGACACUGGUCAUCGUCUACGGCCCCAAGAUUGUGCCGAAAGAGCUGGCCGAGGCGGCGGGGGUAGUGAUGACAUUUUACCUCAUGCUGGGGCUGGCUGUGGGGUCCGCCUGCUCCGUUCUCGUUGUCCACCUUGUGUAG